AUGGGUUCAGCCUUUAAGAAGUUCUGCAUGCAGUUCUGCUGCUGCUGCUGCGCCGGUGACGAAGAUGAUGAGGAUGAGAAGCAGCCAUUAGUACCUCAAGAUCCAUUGGAGUAUUUUAACCGUGAAGUCCAGAAGCGUCGUGACGAGGAGACCAACCUGUGGAGUGAACCAGGAGACCCCAGCCACUCGGAGAGAGCUGAUGACCGGACCCUUUACACCCUGCUGCAGGCCAGGAACAAGACCCGCAUGGGAUCCACGGGCUAUCGCCGUCUGAGCGUCGACAUUGAGGCCAUGAGAGACACCCGCCGAGAAGUCAGAGACAAAUGGAAGACGGUUCUGGAGAACCUAGGUUUCAUGGCGGAGGCAGACUCGCUGCUGACAGUGUCUGCCGGUGCCUCACAUGACCGCAUGCGUAAUGCCCCAGCAGCACGUGCCCUUCUUCACACACUCCACUCUGAGACCUCCAUCUUCAGCAGCAGAGAACCGCCUCCAGAGAGAUAUCUGUUCAUCCUGGAUCGUCUCCUGUAUCUUGAUAUAGCUGAAGAUUUUCUAGCAAAGGCAAAGCGCUUCUAUCCGCCGAGGGAUGAUUCUGACGAGGAGAUGCCCUCAGGCCUCAACUUCAGCCUGCCGCUGCUGCUGGCCAGGGUGGAGGCCAUGAAUGGGGGAGGCGAAGAAGAAGAGGACGAGAGCGAAAGAGAAGAUGGAAACUUGAGUGACAGAUCUUAAGAUCUACUGGCUGUAAUAAUAACAGACACAAGGCAGGGGGCAGUAGUCAUCAACCCUUUAGACCUGGAUGUGAAUUGUGUAGCUCCUCUCUUCAAGUGUCUGUUGCCUCGUACAGUGUCGCCGCGGCUUCUUGGAAGUUUUAGGCUGAAGAAUUUCUCCUUUCUCCCCCAAACUGCACAGCUUGAGUCUUAGUCUGUGUUCUCUGGUCAAAAUCUAAAAGGGUUUAGCAGAUUUUCAGGUGAAUAUUACCAAGGUGUUAACUGUAUGUGUGUGUGUGUGUGUGUGUGUGUGUGUAUGUGUAUGUGUGUGUAUGUGUGUGCGUGUUUUCUGUUUUAUCAAGUUCCUAGCCUGUCUAUUGUUCAGCUGUUGUGAACCUUCAGGGUAGCGAUGUUCCUUUGAGCAGACCCUCUUUAUAUUUUGUCCUAUGAUUAUCAGCACUCAUUUCAUCCGAUCACAUGAUUGGUAACAACACUGAAAAAAUAGCCCAGUAUUAGUAAUACUUUUAACUGACUAAAGUCUGCAGUGUUGGCUUCAAACAUUUUGGAAACUAGCAGAUGGAAACACAAUGUAGUAAAGUGCUGUAUGUUGAACCCUUAAAAUGACUGUGUGUGACUUCCAGGGGAUGUGAGGGUGUGGUUUUUUUGCCCUCCAGCAACUUGCUGAAAAUGUGAAAGAUUUCUGAACUUGUGGCAGUUUGUGUAUGUGUUAUAGUGUGCAGUUCAUGAUUAAAUAAAGUUGCAGCCCAAAGCCUGAUAUGUGUACAGUGUCA